AUGCUGGCUCAGGAGAUCAUUCAUGGCAUCAAGAAGCCCAAGGAGGGGGAUAAUGUAGUGAUAAAGCUAAACAUGGCCAAGGCAUAUGACAGAGUGUCCUGGGCUUACACUUGCUUGGUCAUGAGGAAAAUGGGUUUUAGUGUGUUUUUCAUUGAGAUGAUAUGGAGGAUUAUGAGCAACAACUGGAUGCUGAAUAACUUGUACUUGAACCAGAAUUAUCAAGGUUUUCACAUGGAACCUAGAGGUCCUCAGAUAAACCAUCUUAGCUUUGCGGAUGAUGUUAUUAUAUUUACCUCUGGCCAAAGAACUUCUAUUCAGCUUAUCAUGAAGACUUUGACCACUUAUGAACAGGUGUCUAACCAGCUUAUUAAUCGAGACAAGAGCCACUUCAUGCUCCCUGUUGACUCUCCUCAAGGCAUUGCUGAAAUGCUUAAUGAGGAAGCUGGUUUUACACAGAAGGACAGCCCAAUUAACUACCUGGGAUGUCCUCUGUAUAUAGGGGGCCAGAGAGAUAUCUACUACUCUCAUCUGGUGGAUAAGAUAGCUAAAAGGAUUAGUGGGUGGCAAGCUAAGAUGUUGAACUUUGGAGGCAGAUUAACUAUAGUGAAACAUGUCCUCCACUCCAUUCCCAUUCACACCAUGGCUGCUAUUUCCCCUCCUAAAACCACCCUUCACUAUAUCAAAAGGCUUACUGCUGAUUUGUUCUGGGGAAGAGAAAAAGAUAAGAAAAAGUACCACUGGGCUUCCUGGGAAAAUAUCACUUUUCCUUAUGAUGAAGGGGGUCUGGGGGUAAGACACCUCAAUGAUAUUUGCAAUUCCCUCCAAUAUAAACAGUGGUGGAACUUUAGAAGUACUAAUUCCCUAUGGGGGCAAUUCCUCAAGGCCAAGUAUUGUCAGAGAGCUAAUCCUGUUGUUAAGAACUUUUGGUGGGAUAAUUGGCUAGGGGAAGGCCCUCUUGCUCACCAUACCAAUGAAAGCAAUCGACUCAACAACAACACUAUCUCUCAAUACAUGCUUAAUGGAGGGUGGAAUGAAACAAUGUGCUCCCAGGAAAUAGGAGUCAGGCCAGUCAUCUGGAAUAAACCUCCUGUUAAUUAUUGCAAAUUGAACACGGAUGGGAGUGCUUUAGCUAACCCUGGCAGCAUAGGAAGGGGUGGCAUUCUGAGGGAUCAGGCAGGGAAUCUAAUUUUUGCUUUCACAGUACCACUUGGUACAGGUUUCAACAAUCAGGCAGAGGUCCAAAUGGAAUCAGUUCAAUGCUUGCAUACUUAUAGGGAAGCCAACACUAUUGCUGAUUUUUUAGCCAAACUAAGCCACAAGAAAGACAUUCCUCAAUAUUUUUACACUCUUAGCCAACUUCCUGUUCCAAUUAAAGGGAGCUACUUUUUGGAGAAGAUGGGCAUGAUCAACUUCAGAAGAAGGAAGCUGAAAAGAGUCAAAAAGCCUCCUUGA